GAAAGUGUCACAAAUCACACUAUUGUUAAAACUAAAAUUUCUCACUUAAAAGUCUCACCCUUCCACCUGCAACACUCCACUAACACGCACCUGAGACUUUUUUCAUCAAUCACGCGGCCACUAAAAGAGACAUGAGGUGGUGGCCGCCACCGCCAUGGCCGGCGGCGAUCUUGAAGAACCGAGGCGGCGGUCUGGGCCUGGCCGCCAUUUCUUACGUCGGCAUCGACUACCUGCGCCAUCUGUCGCCGUCUUGGCAUGCGAGUCUUCAGCCGGCUCUUUGGAUGUUUCUCGCUCUUGUCGCCAUCGUUCGCGUUCCUUCCUACAAACACUGGUCUGCCGAGCUCCGCUCCGCUCUCCCGUUCCUCGGUAGCAUCAUCUUCCUGCUCUCCACCUUGCUCUUCGAAUCUCUCUCCGUCCGUUCUGUCACCGCCGUUCUCGGCCUCGAUUGGCACCGUGAUGCUCGACCUCUUCCUGACACUGGCCAAUGGUUGCUGCUGGCAUUGAAUGAAAAACUUCCUCACACAAUAGUUGAAAUAUUGAGAGCCCGCAUUAUUGGACUGCACCAUUUCCUUAUGUUGUUCAUAAUGCUUGCUUUCUCAGUACUAUUUGACUCUGUAAAAGCUCCUGGUCUUGGGCUGGGUGCAAGGUACAUUUUCACCAUGGCAAUUGGGCGGCUUCUUCGGACCAUAAGUUUUGUAUCUACAGUUCUGCCAUCAGCUCGGCCUUGGUGUGCGUCAGCUAGAUUCAAAGUCCCUGCAUACCCUCAUCUUUGGGCUCAGAAAUAUUAUGUCCCUUAUGCUUCAGAUGCUAAUGCUAUACGCCAGAUUAUUUAUCAUGAUAUAGCUUAUGCUGAUGCUGGAGAAUACAUUGGUGACAACCGUCCAGACUGGGGCUCAAUGAGCUUCUUAGCUGAUUUCCUGCGGCCACAUGCUUCCGAAGGACCUUCGUGGUACAAUCUUCUAAAGAAAGCUGAAGGCGGCUGUAAUGACCUCGUAUUCAGCGGCCACAUGCUUGUUGCUGUACUGACAGCCAUGGCUUGGACGGAAGCAUAUGGAGGUUUUAGCUCUGGUUUUAUAUGGUUACUUGUAAUGCACAGUGCCCAGAGAGAAAUAAGGGAAAGACACCAUUACAGUGUUGACGUUAUUGUGGCCAUCUAUGUUGGCAUUCUCCUAUGGAUGGUGACUGGUUUUAUCUGGCCGGCCAAGGAUGCAUCCAGAGCUUCUAGACUAAAUAAGCUUGAGAAGAUUCAAGGGAGACUGCUCCAAGCAGCAAAAGACUUCGAUAUAGAAGAAGUGAGGGAGCUUCUGAAGGAAAUUGAGUUGGGCAAUCAAGAGAGGCCGAGCGGCAAGAACAAGGCUAUGUUGUUGUUUUCUGGAGCAACCAUUUUUUUUGCCCUUACCAUUGUUCUUCUCACCUUCAUAUUGACAAGUGAUGGGUGAUUUUCUGCCACGUUUUUUGGAUGGAUGGUUUCUUCUGCCACUUCCCAAUGGGUUCAGCAUUUCAUUUUAAUUGUAAUGCACCAUUUUAAUCCUGUAUGAUUUGAUCUGUUUGGGUGUAGGUAA